GUGAUUGGCGGGGGCGCGGCCUCUCGGCGUGAGGGGAAUGGCGGGGACGGCUGAGGCGAUGGCGGCGCCUCGGUGUUGCUGGCCCGGUUGGUAACGAGCCCUCACCGCCCCGCUGCUCUGCGAGAACCGUCUGUCCCGCCGCGCCCGUCUGGGUCAGUCCUGCACGGGGCACUGCGCGUUCCGCUCGGUCCGUGCCGUUUCUAUUCCCAGCAUCCUGGAGAGGGGAUGCGCUAGCGCGGGGUGAAUGCAGCUGGCCGGUGCGGGACGAGGCCAUGGAGCCGCUGCCAGAGCUGUACUCCAUCUUCCAGGGCGAGGUUGCUGCAGUGACAGAUUAUGGGGCAUUUAUCAGAAUCCCAGGCUGCAGGAAACAAGGCCUUGUCCACAGGACUCACAUGUCCUCCUGCCAUGUGGACAAACCCUCUGAGAUUGUUGAUGUUGGGGACAAAGUCUGGGUGAAGCUCAUUGGGAAAGAGAUGAAGGAUGACAAGCUGAAGCUCUCCCUCUCCAUGAAGGUUGUUCACCAAGGCACAGGGAAAGAUCUGGAUCCCAACAACGUUUCCCUUGAUCAGGAUGAGAGGAAGAAACGAACCUUCAGGGACUACACGAGCCAGAAGAUCACCCUGGAGGCUGUGCUGAACACUGUGUGCAAGAAAUGUGGCUGCAGAGGUCACUUUGCCAAGGAGUGUUUCAUGCAGCCUGGAGGAACCAAGUACAGCCUCAUUCCAGAGGAGGAGGAAGAGGAGGGAGCAGCAGCAGGACCUGAAGGGGAUAAAAAGAUCAGCCAGGCUGAGGAGCCUUCAAAGAAAAGGAAAAAGGAGAAGAAGAAGAGGAAGAAGCACAAGGCCAAGCAGUCCUCAGAGUCAGACUCAGACAGCUCUGCCUCAGACAGUGAUGGAGCUCAGCCCUCCUGCAAGAGGCACAGGCACUCAGGGAAGCCCAGCAGGGCUCCCAAGAAGAAGAAGCACAAGAAGAAGCACAAGAAGUAGCCCUGGGAUGAGCAGGGCAGGCUGGGCUGCUGCCAGGGCUGCUCCUGGUGCAGCCAGCAGGGAUCAGCACCUGCUGCUGCAGGGACAGGUUCUCCAGUAACAGGGGUGUGUGUUCAGGUGUUGACCUUGCUGAGAGCUGUCCUUGUCACCCUGGGCACAGGCUGCCCCUUUGUGCCACAGCUGCUGCCAGCUCAGGCCCAUGACAGGCUGCAGGGAGCCCUGCUGCCCCACACCUCGUGUCCUGCUGCAGCUGCUGCCAGCUCUGGGGACAGCUGGGGGACAGCUGUGCUGGGGUGGGGUGGCACAGGCCUGUGGGGACAGGGUUUGGUGUGGUGGGACCACCUGGCACAGCUCUGGGCUGCAAACCUGCCCCAGCUCAGUCUCUGCAAACACUGGGAGUGGAAGAGCAAGGAGCAAAUGGGGGAGUGGAGAUACUGGGAGUAAACAUGAACCACGGAGUGUUUGCUGCCUUGGAAAGGGAUGGAAAAUAAAUCUGCCCUCUCCAGCUGUA